AUGAAAACGACACCUACGGUACAGGCAACACUGCCGCAAACAGUUCUACCAAAUGCGCGGGCUGAGUCGGAUCAUGAAGUAAUCACACUGGAUUCUGAUGAGGAACCAUCUGCCGAAAAGGAGGAUGUCGACAGCAGCGCCGCAUUUCUUAACUUCUUUUCGGACGGGGUGUCCGGUUAUUCGAAGAUGUAUGAUCCACGUUACAGACCAGAGGAACGCCCGCAACUUUUCGCGGCUGAUCUGGCAGAGGUUGUGGGCUAUUUCUGUUUCUCAUAG